GGACACUGUAAACAGUACACUCACACUCUUGUUAACGCCCUCCAUCUAUUUUCUACCCACUAUAAAAAGGGCCCCCACACCAUAUAUUCCCUUGCGUGCAAUCUGCAUUUCCUUCUCAAAACUUCCAUUUUUCUCUCUCUCUAAACUGAGUGUGCGUUUUUUGUAUGGCAGCUAAUUUGAAGAGCCGUGGAUUGGCGAGCUUGGGGAAACGAUUUGUCGGCCAGAUCCAUUCUCGUGAUCCAGUUUCUGCUGCUCCUUACACUCUCAGGAUCAUUCACAACUCCACUUACGACAAGAACUUGGACGAAAAUACCCACUCGGCUGUGGUCCCCGACCACGUGAUGCCACCACAGGUCGAGGAAUACUGGGCCCCACACCCCAAAACCGGCGUGUUUGGGCCUUCAUCAGACGAGAAGCAAAGUUUGGGCCUGGACUCGGGUGCGUACCCCAGUGCAGAGUCGGUGUUGGAACAAAAAGCUUUUUUCCGCCCACUUGAGGAUUUGGAGAAGCCACAGGUUCAACCUUAAACGAAUCGUAACUCUAAUAAUCAUUCACAUCUUUCCCUAUUGCAAUAAAUAAGUUGGAGCUUACUCAAAGGUUGUGUAUUCUUGAUGCAGUGUGUCUUUAGUUAUGAAGACUUGUAUGAAAACCGAUGUAGAAUAACUGAAUAAGCAAUGGCUGGGUGUUUGUCAUGUACAUGGUAUGAGUACCUAUUUUGUAUGUUUGGGAAAGGUGUUUUCGUAAUGCUAUGUUGUGGUGUGCUUAGGUUGAAAGUGGAUUUUUGUGCUUUCAAGAUAUAUUGGUCCUUUAAACAAGUGAGUACCUUCUCAUAGUGAUAAUAACAUUCAUCUUAUUACAAUUGUUAGCCGAUCGGCUGGUCGGAUUGGUUGGAUCAAGAAUCGAUUUGUUGAUUUGCUCGGUUCACUGGAAUGAAGCAGUUGUCAACGAACCGUUCAAAUCGGCCGCAAAUUGUAUGGUCGCACCAGUUGC